CAGAAGAUCAGUCAUCACCUAAUUUGGUAAUAAUCAGAACAAUGCUGAGGCGAAAUAUGCGGAUUUAAGACGUUUACGCCCCCGUGGAAUCCCAGAGAGACUUUUGCGCGCGGAGGGGGAAGGGAGACAGCUUGUGAGGGUUGGGAACCGGUGAGGUGCCGAGACCUGUCGCUGUCGUGCACUGCUGGACCUCGUGCCUGAUCUAAACACUACCUGCGCAACUGUAAACAACAAAAUUCAACUUCCUCCUCCACAUUUCCGCGAGGGAUCAGAAGUCUCCAGGCUUACACAACUAACGAAAUGCACCGAGGACAGCGCCAAGGACGCUUAAUCAGCACAUAAAAGGUACACUAGUAAAGGACUACACACACUGCCUGAGGAGUGUACUCUGAAACUGGAGACAUUACCGCAGACUUACACGAACUCCGUGUAAUGAAUACUACUUUCCAAUUCCACUACCAGACGUCGCAAGAAAAGAACACUAGUUGCGGUUCAUCCCUUAGUGAAGAACGCCAAAGCCUACAGACGAAAUGCCGAGAGACACAGGCCAGGGAGAAGACAAAGGGCAGGGAGACAACACGCCCCGGGCACUGCUCGGCAAAGGUGAACAAGGCGCCGAAGGCACAGCAUGCAGACUGCAAAGCUCUGUCACUCUGGAUUCAUCUGGAGAACUUUUCAUAGACGAGGAUAUGGAUGUGACUACUAUGAACGACACGUCACAGAUGGGUGGAAAUCUGGACGGAACAGCUGAAGUAACGGACAAGGGGCAACCACCUGCAGGCGAAAUGUCUGCCUCUUCUACCGUGAUGGCAUUUGAAGGCUUUUUUAAUAUCAUCGAUCCGAUUCCUGCAGACGACAGGGUCCAAAACUCCUCCAUGCAAGCAACGCCAUCAAAUAGGGCUGCUUUUAAGGAAAGACCGUACGAAGAGUAUCUGAAUCUCGGCAACCGUGCUCUGGAGAAUGGCGACCUGAACUCGGCAGAGACGAACUUUGCGGCAGCGCUACGGCUUAUUCACGAACCAAGUAAACCUGUGCUUCACGCAGAGGCCCACUGUCUACAAAGGCUCGGUGACGUGUACAAAGAACGAGGCAAACGGACAAAGAACGGAGGAGUCUUCAACCAAUCGGCGGCUUUGUACAAUGCAGCCCUGGCUAGAACGGAGGACGAAGAAUCCAAACAAAACUUACUGAGAGUUCGGAAUGAGGUAGAGCCACUGUUUCUCUCACACACGGCAAACAUAGGUCUGGAGCCGACCUGGCAUCAUGUCGUCAUAGAUCAUAAGAAGGAGUUGGACGACAUGCGACGCCAUAUGAUGCACCAGUUGGACGCCAUUCACAAGGAGUACAAUCCGUACCAGUACCACGAGGACGAUCCAGCUGCGAGAGAAGUGGAGACACUACGAGCUAACGCGAUCAGGGAUCUGUUCAAGACCGUUGCCAGAGACAGGCAGAGGCUUCUUCAAGUGCUCGUCGAGGAGUGCAUCACAGAACUCGGCCCUCCUCCCUGCAGGUACGCCCUCAUUGCCGUGGGGUCCCAAGCGGCAGAACUUGCCACGCUAUAUUCUGAACUAGACUUCGCCAUUCUAAUUGAGGAAGGGAAGGACCAUCAUGAUACACAGUGGUACUUUCGUAAGUUGUCGUGGUAUCUACACCUUAAGGUUAUCAAUCUGGGGGAAACCACUCUCCCAUCGCUGGCUAUCACCAGUCUAAACGACUACCGGAAUGAAGAUCCAACCAAGAACUGGUUUCUAGACUUUGUAACACCUCCUGGAUUUGCCUUCGACGGCUAUCUAACCAAGAACCCUCCAGUCACCAUCACAAACGACACAGACACCAGCCCACUUGGUUGUCUCAUCCUGACACCUACAAACAUGGCCGAACUACAACAUCGCUGUGUCUUAGUUCGGGAAGGACAUUGCCUCUCAGACGUCCUGAGAAGAGUAGCAUACUUGGCAGGAGGGCAGGAUUUGGUGGAUGAGUACGUCAACAGACUGAAGAGUACACCCGAGCCAUGUGAACGCCAAGCCAGACUGCUCGGGAGGCUGUCGUCGCCGGAUGAGAUUCACCAAAUCGACACUAGUUUGGACAAAGCACGUCUUCUGAACCUCAAGAAGGACAUCUAUCGCUUUCCUAGUACGGUCAUUGAGGCUCUGGGUCUAGUUUGUGACAUAUCCUCAUCAAGUACGUGGACAGUGAUAGAGGAAUUGAAGAAACAACACCAUAUCAGUGACGCUGACGCGAACCACCUGACAGUAAUGACCAGCAUCUCGGCCGAGAUACAGAUGAGAGAACACGCGACAAGCGGAGGACGAAACGAAUCCCCGAGUGAGCUCCUAGCAUUGCCACGUCAAACGAAAGAACAGGAGACAUACGGGACCGUGCUCAGGUCAACAUUCCACAUUCCCCACCCCAAAAUGCUCUUCAGGUAUUACUUCACCGCCAUUCCGCUAAAAAGAUGUGUCCUCGACAUCUUAGAAGACACCGGGCCUGUUAAGAAGGGACCUUUGUUGAGAACAGCUAUAUUCGAUUCUUCUUCCUCGUGCCGGGCUGAACUGGCCCGAGACCUGUACCUUUUAAGUACUUCUGUAAAUGAGUCUGAGUCAGUGCUGAGAGUAACGUACAUUCAGAGCCAAGAACAGGCAAUAUCAAUCGCUGAGCUGGCCGCUACUCGGAAACAGUGUGGUGAUUUGAAGGAAGCCAUCAUUCUCUAUGACAAAUCACUCUCCUUAUGGAAGUGGAUCAGCAAUACAAGCGUCGAAAACCGUGUCAUUGCCCAACGUCAUAUUGCCAACAUACUGAACAACCUUGGUUUGUCGUGGAGUGAACAGGGUGACGAUAAACAGGCUAUCAAAUUCUAUGAGCAGGCAAUGGAGAUUCGUGGAAAGGACAUUGUACACACACAGACUGCAGCACUAUUGAACAACAUAGCACUGUCUUGGUGGAAACUCGGCGAUGAGAGCAAAGCCACCAGUUUCUUUGAGCAGUGCCUUGUGGUACUGAAAUCUGUCCAUAAGACCAACGUGAUACAUGCCAGCAUUGCAGCUUGCCUCUUCAACCUUGGAGUAGUCUGGGGUAAACGUGGCGAUCACAAGAAAUCCAUGAUGUACAAGAAAGAGUCGCUGAGGAUGAAACAGGUCCUCCACGGGGACAACACGGCACAUCCCGACAUUGCUGCGCUCCUUCACGAGCUGGGCUCAAGCUGCUGUAGACUUGGUGAUCUCGUUAAAGGCAUCCGCUACUUCGAGCAGUCAAUCAAAGUGCUCCGAACCGUCCAUAAGGAGAAACCGCACGAGGAGAUUGUCCGUGGUCUCAACAGCUUGGGAUCGUGCUGGAACAAAAUCGGUGAUUAUAUCAAGGCAAUCUGCUACGUUGAGCGGUCCCUGGAGAUGAACUUGGCACUGAAAGGUGACACGUCACAUCUGACUAUCGUCGCUUUACACAGAAAACUGGGGUCUCUGUGGAGUCUGCAGGGUAACUACCUGGAGGCGAUCAAACACCUCUCGAAGUCACUGACCAUGAUGACGUUUCUGUGUGGCGAAAAGACGGCGCAUCCUGACAUCGCAGCCUUGCUCAAUAAUCUGGGAGUGUCGUGGUGUAAACUCGGCGAACAGGAAAAGGCGAUGCAGAACAACCAACGCUUGCCGGAAGUCAUAAGGAGGAUCUACGGAGCCGGCACAACACCACCGUCCUGUCUUGGGGGUGCAUACCAUACCCUACAGCUUGAUAGUGCACCACAUGCUGGCGGCAGUGAUCAUGAGAAAGCGAUGGCAUAUUUCGAACAAUCACUAAAAAUGAGGAAAACCAUACACGGUGCAACAGCUACACAUCCCGACAUUGCUUCAUCUCUCAGCAACCUGGGCUCAGUAUGGAGUAAACUUGGCGACCGCACGAAAGCGAUCCAGUACAAAGCUAAAGCUCUGAGCAUGAGGAAGGAUAUCCACGGGGACAAGCCGCACCCUGACACUGCAGCGUUGCUCAACGAUCUAGGAGUGUUGUUGUGGCAGGUCGGUGACAAAAAGAAAGCACUGUGUUAUUUUGAACAGUGCCUAGAGAUGACGAGAGACAUCCACAAAUGGAACACUGAACAACAUCCUGCCAUUGCUGGAGCAUUGAACAACCUUGCCAUGAGUUUCAAAGGACUCGGCAAUCUCAGGAAAGCAGCCCAGUUCUUCGCGGAAUCCGCUGCAAUGAUGAAAGCUGUUUGUGGGGAACAUACAGCACAUGUCAACGUCACCGCGCCUUUGAUUAACUUUGGAGUGACCUGGGACAUGCUUGUAGAGGAAAACAAAGAGCAGACUAUCAGAGGACACGGCGCAUUGACGCGAAUGUGUAUCUUUGGAAAUAUCGAACCCCGUCAUGAUAUUGCCAUGUCACUAUCAGACAUUGGAUCGUCCUGUUUUAAUGCUGGACUUCACAGUAAAGCACGGACGUACUAUGAGCAUUCUAUACUGAUAUUACAAGCCAUUUAUGGAUACCAAACGAACAAUGCUGACGUCGCCAGGCUUCUCGGGCAGGUGGGGCUAUGUUGCAAUGAGUUGGGAGAACAAACAAAAGCUAUCAGCUAUUUUGAGCGAUCACUUGACAUGGGGAGAGCCUUGCCCACUGGCACUAAACGCCUGGACAGUGCCGUUUGCCUGAGUAAACUGGCAUCAAUAUGCUGUCAACUCGGCAAUCACAACCAAGCGAUUAGCCACUAUGAGGAGUCGUUACGAAUAAUGGAGAUUGUCAUCGGAGACAACGUGGCCCAUCCUCAGACUGCCGCCACACUCAGCGACCUGGCAUCUACUUGGAGCAAAGUCGGCAAUUACAGAAAUGCAAUAAGCUGCGAAGAACAAUCUCUGAAGAUGAAGAAGACCAUAUAUGGAGACAGUACGGUGCAUCCUGACAUUUCCGCGUCACUUGGCAGCCUUGGUCUAUACAGGAGUAAAAUCGGCGAUCAGACCAAAGCUAUCGGUUAUUACGAGCAUCUACUGGGAAUGUUACACACGGACAACACGCGUCAGCCCCAGGUUGCAGCGGUACUUGGCAACCUGGGGUCAUCAUGGAGCAAACUCGGGGACCAAAGGAAAGCUAUCUCCUUCCAUGAGCAGGCACUGAAAAUACUGCAAAACAUUCAUGGGAGAAACAGGCCACACCAGGACAUUGCCACGGCAUUUAGUAACCUAGGAUUGUGCUGGGGACAACAUGGCGAACGGAACAAAGCCAUCGAAUGCUAUGAACUUGCACUGAAAGUUUUGAAAGCUCUAUAUGGUGAUGAUGCGCAGCAUCCGCACAUUGCAGAAGCACUCUACCACCUGGGGCUCCAAUGUAGUGAAAUCGGCCAUCCUUUGGAGGCAAUAAUGUACCAGGAACAAUCACUGCAUAUGCGUAGAGCUAUCUACAAAACGGUAGCACACCCUGACAUAGCCGCGUCAUUGAACAGCUUGGGGGCAACCUGGAGCAAACAUGGCGACCAGAGAAAAGCUAUCGCUUUCUACGAAAUGUCAUUGCAAAAUAUUCGAGCUCUUUGUGGAGAAGACACGGUCAAUCCCGAAAUUGCCAAGGCCCUCAGUAACCUGGGAAAAGCCUGCACUGAACUUGGUGAUCACCCAAUAGCGACCGAAUACUAUGAGCAAGCCCUGCAGAUGCAAGAAGCUAUCCAUGGAGAAAACACACCGCAUCCGGAUGUUGCCUACUCACUCUGCAACCUGGCAUCUUCCUGGAUUAAACGUGGCGAUCAGAGAAAAGCGAUGAACUACUCUGAGAUGUUAUUAGCGAUGAUCAGAACUGUUGAAGGAGAAAAGAUGGCUCAUCCUGGUAUUGCGAUGGCACUCGGCAACAUGGGGAAGUUCUGGACGAAACUUGGUGAUCACGAGAAAGCGGUGAAAUACUACGAGGAUGCAUUGAAGAUGAGACAACGUCUGUGCGGGGAAAGUUCGGCACGGGAAACUGCUACAUUACUUUGCGACCUGGGUCUGUCGUGGAGCAAACUUGGCGAUGACAGGAGGGCAGUUACCUGCUUUGAACAGUUCCUAGAAAUGACGAAACGUAUCAAAGGAGAGAUCACUGCUCACUCUGGAAUUGCUGAGAUUCUUAAUUACCUGGGGUCCACGUGUACUAAACUCGGUGACUACGGGAAAGCGGCAGGCUACUAUGAACAGGCCCUGGCCAUGCUUUACAAUCUGCAUGGAUCUAAUGCUUUACGUCCCGACAUGGCCGCGAUACUCAACAACCUAGGGUCAGCCUGGGGUAAACUUGGCAACCAGAGCAAAGCGAUCAGCUACAUGGAAAUGUCACUCAACAUGAGGCAAGCUAUGUACGGAGAGGACCCACAUCCCGACACAGCGAGGCUCACUAACAACCUGGGGACAGCCUGGUGCCAACUCGGCGAUCAGAGAAGAGCCGCCAGCUACUUCGAGGAGUCGCUGAAGAUGAUGAAGAGAAUCUACGGCGAGAACACCGCGCAUCCCGACAUCGUAGCAGCACUGGACAACCUAGGGCUAUCUUGGGGCCACAUCGGCGACCAGGCAAAAUCCAUCAGCUACAAGGAAGAGUCACUGAGGAUGAUGAAGGCUAUCUAUGGGGGACGCACGACUACCUCUCCCGUCGCUACUUCACCAGACAGCCUUGUGCCGUAGGUGUGAUGUGGGCGAUCGGUGCAGUAUGAAUACAGAUCUAUAUAACAUCUAUGAGAUAUGUAAUGAAAGCAAUACAUGAACCAUCAAAGGGGCAUGAUAAAUAAACCUUUAGGCGUACUAUGGAAAUAUUCAAACAUUCAAACAAACCUGUACUGAUGAAGGGUGUCGGAACAACACCCGAACGUUUGCUUAUUAAAACUUUUAGUUUGAAAAGUCUAGUAUACUAUCUUUCUAUGGAAAUGAAAGUAUGUCCAUAUUCAUAUCUAGAAUUCCAUACAUGUAUUGCGUCGCAGCUGUUGCUGUGAUAAGAACAGCUUAUUUUCAUCGGUCAUCCAACAUAAUUUAUGAUAGUUUAUUUCUAUGUAAUUUAUUCAUAUUGUAUUCACUUCAGCUUGGUACAAGGUGUGUGCUUUGUCGAAAAUAUGCAUUAUUUUCCAACAUGAAAUAAAACUGAACGAUAAGGAAUG